AUGUCCUCAGACCAACAAGAGCCCCAGGCUGUUCGUCCGUUAGAGAUCCUGUACUGUCAAAUCUGUACAUUUCCUCCCGAAUACUGUGAAUUUGGCUCUAGCUUGACCAGAUGCAAGGAAUGGCUCCAAGGAGCACACGCUCAGCUUUUUGAUAAAUACUACUCAGAUGAGGCUCUCCAGUCAAAGAUUGGUACUCUCAGCUUGGAGGCGCAGGCAAAGCUCGAGAAGGAUAGUGCAAAAAAGGAAGCAAAGGCUGAGGCAAAAGCGGAUGCUGCGCUUAAGAAAAAGAUGGCGUCGCAAGUGUCAAUUAAACGCAUCGAGCGUAACAAGCGGAAACAUGUUACAGCUAUCCAUGGCCUUGAGGCAUUUGACAUUGACUUGAAGAAAGCUGCUAAAUUUCUUGCUCAGAAGUUUGCUACUGGGGCAUCUGUCACCAAGAAUGCUCAGGGACAGGAUGAGAUCGUGGUGCAGGGAGAUGUAUCAGACGAUGUUAUGGAACUUAUUGAAGGCGGAGCUGGUCCAUUGAAGGGUGUGCCUGCGGACAAUGUUGUGAUCGUUGAAGAGAAGAAAAAGAAGGCUGCUGAAUGA